CCCCCCACCAUUGCGUGCCUCACUACUGAGCUUAUCUCAAUUUUCUGAUAUUGUUUGCUGUGGGAAGAAGAGACUGAGAGCUUCUCAGAGGGGAGGGGGAGGAAUUGAGGAUUAGCAGUGAGAAAUCGGGUUCGCGUAAUCAGAAUUCGGUCUCAGGUGCCCAGAUUGGCAAUAUGCCUCCUUCCGAAAUGACGCUGCUCAAAAAGGAGCUCUUGUACUUGAUCCUACAGUUUCUUAAUGAAGAAGGCUACAAUGCGACAGCUCGAUUGCUUGAGCAAGAAUCUGCAUCUUACUUUUACAUGGACUAUUUUGAGGAGCUGGUGCUCGCCGGGAAAUGGGAGGUGGCUGAGAUGUAUCUCAGCGCCUUCACAAAGUAUGACGACAAUAGGUACUCAACAAAGAUUUAUUUCGAGAUGAGGAAGCAGAAUUUCCUUGAGGCACUGGAUGAGAACAAUCGUCACAAGGCAUUGGAUAUCCUCAUGAGGGACCUGAAAGUUUUUGCAGCGUAUGAUGAUGGCUUGUUCAAAGAAAUGACCCAACUUCUAAGUAUCUGCAACAUCAGGGAAUACAAGUCGCUUUCGGCUUAUAAAAAUGCAGUGUCAGCAAGGGCGAUUAUGAUGACCGAGUUACGGAAGAUUAUUGAAGCAAAUCCCAUUUUCUACGGAAAACUCAAGUUUCCUGCAAUGAAACAGCAGAGGUUGAAGCGCCUUAUAAACCAAGGCUUGAAUUGGCAGCAUAGUCAGUGUUUAAAUCCUCGGCCAAUCCCUGAUAUAAAGACUCUCUUUGAGGAUCAUAUCUGCUCCCUUCCCGAAAUUUCAACUUCUCAACCAGUUUAUGAUCCUUUGAAAGACAAAACUGUGGAAGCUCAUUCCUUUGGGUGGCCGACUAGUGCAUCUACUGUAACCCAUUCGGUGGCCCCCAAUGUGGCCAUCAGUGUUCUCUCUUCUGAAGGAGCAGGAUGUGCACAAAAUGGCACUGUUGUUGACAAUGAUACUGGGCCUACUGUGAAAGUAGACAAGGUUCCAGGACAGGAAUCACCUCUUAAUGAGCCUAACGACCUGCCUGAAACUGUUAUAAGCACAGUUUACGUGGACUCUUUUCCAACAAGCGUUGAUUUUCAUCCAACCAUGCAGUCUCUUCUUUUAGUUGGAACGGAGGUUGGAGACAUCAGCCUUUGGGAAGUUUUUUCAGGCGAUAAAAUAUGGUCAGGAAGCUUCAAGGUUUGGGACGUCUCUACGUGUUCAAUGGCAUUCAAGAGAGCCAUGUUCAAGGAUCCGAAAGUCUCCAUUAUUCGAGUAACUUGGAGCCCUGAUGGUGAUUUAUUUGGGGCUGCCUAUUCGAAAAACCUGGUCCAGUUGUAUUCUUAUCUUUCGGACGGUGAUGUUAAACAACACUUGGAGAUCGAUGCUCAUGAUGGUGCUGUGACCGAUCUAGCAUUCUCGGAACCGGAACAGCAACUACUAGUAAUAACCGGUGGUGUUGACAAGAUAGUCAAGGUUUGGGAUGCAAUGACCGGGGCCAAGAAGUUCUCUUUUGAAGGUCAUAAUGCUACCAUUUGCUCCAUCUGCCCACAUUCGAAGGAUGGAGUCAAUUUCAUCUUCUCAACAUCGGAGGAUGGAAAGAUAAAAGCAUGGCUAUAUGAUCAUCUUGGUGCCAGAGUGGACUAUGAUGCCCCUGGACUUGGGGUCACUUUUAUGGCUUAUGGCGGCACCAAUAGCAGGCUUUUCUCUUGUGGAACGAAUCUAGAGGGAGAGUCAUUCCUGGUCGAAUGGGAUGAGAAUGAAGGGUAUAUAAGGAGAAGGUAUAAAGGACUCGCAGAAAAAUUUGUGAAUAAUGUGCACUUUGCAGCAAGCAAAAACAAGUAUUUAGCUGCAGGUGAUGACUUCCGGAUUAAAUUCUGGGACAUGGACCAUGACGAGCUUCUGACAACCGCUGACGCAGAUGGAGACUUGCCAGUGAGGCCGCAAAUUCGUUUCAACAAGGAUGGGACAUUAUUGGCAGCGAUUGCUGUUAACAAGAAAAUUAGGAUAUUUGGUACUAGUGGUGAGCAUGACAGCCUUCAACAAAGGCAGGAACAUCAUGCCAACAGUGGUUGUGAAGUCUUAUCAGAAGCUCUGAAGAAUCUUGCAAUAAAUGGAAGCUCGGCUAUCUGCAACCUUGAAAGUACUGAGGCCGUGAAGCAGAGUCAUAAAAGGGAAGAGGAUUCAAUAAAAGAGGAGCCGAAACCUGAAUGUACUGUCUACAGUGGACUUGAGGAUUUGAAGUUUCACAAUGCAUAUGAACCGUCUCAUUGUCUAUCCUUGGGACUUUCUUCUUCUUUGAAGACAGGGAAGAUAUCGAAGCUCAUCUACACCAAUGCAGGUAAUGCCAUCUUGGCAUUAGCAUCAGACGCUGUCCACCUGAUGUGGAAAUGGCCUCAGGACAGCCUCAAUCCGAGCGGGACGGCCACCGUGAAGUCUACCCCUCAUUUAUGGCAUCCCAAGAAUAGCUCAAACUUGAUGACGAAUCAGCUGACUGAAACCCCUCCGAACAAAGUGCUCCCAUGUAUGGCUAUUUCAAGGAAUGAUUCAUAUCUCCUGUCUGCUUCGGGGGGGACUGUAUCCCUCUUCAACAUACCUUAUUUCAAGGUGAUGAUAAAUUUCAUGCCGACCCCACCGGCAGCAACCUGUCUUGCUUUCUAUCCUAGAGACAAUAAUGUAAUCGCAAUUGGAAUGGAUGACUUCUCGAUUGUCAUUCAUAAUGCUCGCUCUAACAAGAUCAUUACCAAGCUCAAGGGUCACAAGGAACGAGUCACUGGUCUUGCAUUCUCUGACAGCCUCAAUGUGCUUGUCUCUUCUGGAGGAGAUGCUCAGAUUAUUCUGUGGGAAGCCGAGGAGUGGCAAAAGCAGAGAGCUCAAUUCUGGCAGCAUCCUGACACAAUUAUGCCACUGAGUUUGCUUGACACCAGUGUCCAGUUCCACAGAGAUCAAAGGCGUUUUCUGUCCGCAAACAGUACCAGUCUCGCCAUAUACGACGCAAAAGAUCUCCAACGUGAAGUGAUGUGGUCUGCUGGAAAAAGUUUACAAGAGCUAGGGUUUGGCUGGGCCGGAGGAUAUGCCACACCGAUCAUACAUGCUACUUUCUCAUGUGAUGGACAGAUGGUCUAUGCUGGAUUUGGUGAUGGAUCUGUUGGAGUGUUCGAUAUUCUGACACUCGACAUGUAUUACCGGAUCAGUCAAAAUGCUUACAUUCCCCAAAUUGCAAGAUCCGAUGCGUCCCUGACAGCAAUUGCUGCCCAUCCACAAAUUCCAACCCAAUUCGCGGUGGGACUGAGUGAUGGAAGAGUCUACAUUGUCGAGCCUCCGGGGGAUAAAGCUAAGUGGGGCCCGCUGCCAUUGGACGACAAAGAAGUUGAAGCCAUCAAGGCGGCCCUUGCUGAGGCAAACGCAGAGACAAACCCAGUCUUGUGCUCUCCUAAUUAUUAGUGCUUGCUCGAGGAGCAGAUGGACUUGCCACAGGAAGCUCCUGAAAUCAUUCUGAAGAAGUUUGCUGGGAUAGGAUAGAAAAUUGGCAUAUAUUACAAUAAGUUUAAGGUUCCGGUUUGCUUGUAUGUUUGUAGUUUUCGGUUUCGAUGUUUGUUGGAAAUUCACAGUAUUGAACUCCUCGUAAUAGUAAGUCAUGAAUUUGUUGUUCUGUGAAGAAAGUGUGUUUCACUUCA